AUGUCAUCUGAUGUAGGGCCUAGCCUUACGCAUCGAUCAGUCACUAACAUAAGGACUGAGCCUGGCAACAAUCCUACUGUCGCUGGACCCGUCAGCCCGCAUACGCCAUCCCGCACGAUUUCUUCCGCGUUCGGCUCGCCGUCCAGCCUUCGCGCCGAAGAAGAUACAAUCGUGAUUGAAAUAGGCUCCCGAUUUAUCAAACUUGGAUUCGCUGGUGAGCCAGCGCCCAAAGCGGUACUAUCACUUGGAUCGGAAGAACAUCGUCGCGUUGGGGAUUUCCGCGCCUGGGAUCCAGAUCAUAAAGAUGAUUGGCGACGCCGCCCGAUGGGCAAGGCCUGGGGGGUUGACCACGAACUUUGGCAGCAUGAUGUACGGUCACUCGAUUUAGGACUUGUCGAAGACAAGAUUGACCGGGCCAUUCGAGAGGCCCUGACCAAAUUUCUACUUAUCGAUUCACGACCCCGAAAAACUGUACUUGUUCUAUCAUCAUCGGUGCCUCUGCCGUUGCUUUCCAUAUCUCUUGACGUGCUCUUCAAUCGAUUCCAGGCGCCGACCGUCUCGCUUGUAUCCUCUGCAGUCAUGUCAGCGGUUGGAGCCGGCGCUCGCUCAGCCUUGGUUGUGGACCUUGGCUGGUCGGAAACCGUGGUAACAAGUGUAUAUGAAUACCGUGAGAUCCGCACCACGAGAACUACUCGUGCCGGCAAGAUGCUGGUUGGGGAAGUCCACGGUCUGAUUCAAAGUGCACUCUCGCUAUCAUCUGCCCAUUCGCAAAGAGUCAAUCGAGAGAAAGAGCGUGGACAACACUCGGUAAGCUUUGAGGAGUGCGAGGAGGUUGCCUGCCGUUUGGUUUGGUGUCGUCAGUUAGAAAGAAGCGGCAUCUCGUCUAGAGAGCAGCAGCACCAUGGAGAGGGUUUGCCGACUGUAGAAGAGCAGGACGAGUCAGCCCCUGCAUCACCCACAGCUCCCCAACCUGCAGAUGGGAUUGCUGAAAUCCCAAUACAAUCCGUUGAUCCACCCGAAACUCUUAACUUACAGUUCCAGCAAUUGUCCGAGCCGUGUGAAAACACCUUCUUUGCCCCACAAUGCUCUCGCAGCAGCUUCGACGACAAUGAGAUUCCAGUUCCGUAUCUUAUCUACCAACACCUUUUGAGAUUACCGAUCGACGCCCGAGCAAUCUGUAUGUCACGGAUUGUCUUCGUUGGUGGCUGCUCCAAGGUGAUUGGGUUGAGACGCAGGAUACUAGAUGAAGUAUCGGGCCUAGUUCAAGAGCAUGGCUGGGAUCUUGUACAGGGGCACGCUCCCGUGCAAUACAAGAACAAUACCCUAUUGCGAAGACACAAUAUUCAGCCAGCCACUGGCGAUUCAACGGAAAGCAUGCCCUCGACCAAUUUACCAGAUGAGACAAGCUCAGAACAAGGCCACAUUCGAACCGCUGCGGACAUCAUUGAAGAAGCGUUGAUGAAGCGAGAUGAUCAUUAUCCUAAGAUACAGGGCUGUGUACGGCCUUUGGAGUCACUUGGACCAUGGGGAGGGGCCAGCUUGACUUGUCAGUUGAAAGUUGUGGCCAUGGCCAACAUUGACCGCGAGAUUUGGCUUCAACAGGGUCUCAACGGCGCAUCGCGACCGAGUGAAGUAGAUAUCAAGGCCCAGCAACGUCAAAGCAUAGGACCGGGUGGAUUGAUGCGGGCUGCUGCCAACGGAGGGCAACCAACCUGGACGCUGGGUGCCUGGGGAACAGUCUAA